GAUAGAGGAUGUAGUAGAAUCAAAUCUCUUCCUCUCAAUUGAUUCCUCGAAUGAACUGAUCCGAUCUUUCCAGCUCCAAAUCUUUCCCGCUUUACAUAACUCUUUCAAAGAAGAGAUCAAUGCCUUCCUCAUUUGUUUUUCGAGUAAGCCCCUAUAAGAACCAUCUUAGUUCAGUAGAAUCAUCAUCCCAUAUUCAGCAAAAAGCAGCCGUUUAUUAUUUCCUCCUCACUCAUUCCAUCACCAUGGCACCGAGCAAUCCCCAGCUCAAAGUGCAACUUGCUCCUGCUGCCCUAUUCUCCAAUCGAGGAUUCCGAAACUCGGAAGCAUACUCCAGGUAUCUCCGAAGCUUUCAAGAUCGUGCUCUCCACCCUUCAUUCCUCAUUCCUCCCACCACCUUCAAUCAGUAUAGACUGCGAGUCAAUGGGUAUCUCAAUGACCUUGGGUGGAACUCCCUACUCCAGAACCGGCUCCUCGAUCAGUGUCCUGAAGCUGUGAGGAUGUUCUAUGCAAGUAUGCAGUGCGGCCCUGGACGUAAUCCGUCAUACUUCACCACAACUGUCUACAAUUUCAGUGUGACUGUUACUGCUGAAAUCCUGGCCAACUUGUUGCACCUUCCUCAUGGUGGCUACACUGCUGGAACUAUUGAAGACUUUGACAGCUAUGGGUUUCAUCCCAUAGACACUAUGUCGUACCUAGCCAGACUCUGAAAGCUCUACACUUCUACAUUACGCGUAUGUUUCUCCCUCGAGCUGCUGAAACGACUACUACCCUUGAAGAAUCUGACCUCUGGAUUAUGUUCAACGAAAGGACAAGCUACCCAAUCAGCUAUGCUUCCCUCAUGUUUAAUCACAUGAUUAAAUAUCGAGAGGAAGACUGCAGUGGAAAGCUCCCAUUUAGACCGCAAAUCACCUCAUUGCUGGCAAUUUUAGGGGUCGAUUUGUGUGGGAAACUCACUAACCGAGAGGUUCACGAUGACCUCCAAGCCCAGCAUGUUCUUCGCCACACGCUUUCGGUGCUUAGACCCGGAAAACUUGCCAAAGUUCAAGGGGGAGACAAAGCUGCUAAGUCUGGAACAGAUUCUGAAGAAGAGGUCAAUGAAGUGGAAGAGGAUAC